UGUGGGAUGACACUCUAACACUCCCCCUCAAGUGGACAACCGGGCCAUUUUGAAUCUAACCAGUUGACCACUUGCAAAUGAACUCCCAUUCCCUUGACUUUUUUUAGCGCCAACACCUAAAGGACAACGAGCCGCUAGGUGUGGACUUCUAGACGAGCAAUCGUGUUAAACGGGCCACAGGCCGUUAGGUACAUACUCCAUACGGACAACUGGGCUAAAGACUAACGGGCCGCUAUGAAUGAACGUCUAGACGGAUACCUUGACAAACGAGGAGAAGCACACUGGACAGCGGUCAAGAACAUCCUCAAGUAUCUUCGCAAUACUAAGGAUGCAUUCCUGGUAUACGGUGGUGAGGAAGAGCUAAAGGUGGUCGGUUACACUGAUGCUAGCUUCCAAACCGACAGAGACGAUUCAAAAUCACAAGCAGGAUAUUUGUUUUGCCUGAAUGGCGGAGCUUUUAGCUGGAAGAGCUUCAAGGAGGAUACAACCGCCGAUUCGACUACAGAGGCUGAGUACAUAGCUGCCGCCGAGGCAGCUAAAGAAGCUGUUUGGAUCAAGAAGUUCAUUACUGAACUUGGAGUGGUUCCUAGUAUUAAUGACCCUAUCUCGUUGUUUUACGACAACACUGGGGCCAUUGCACAGGCAAAGGAACCGCGAUCUCACCAGAAAACCAAACAUAUUGUACGACGCUAUCACAUCAUACGAGAAAUCGUAGACAGAGGAGAUCUGAUGAUUUGCAAAGUAGAUACUGACGACAACAUAGCCGAUCCCUUGACCAAGCCUUUAGGAAAGCUAAAGCAUGAGGGUCACACUAGGUCCAUUGGCAUUCGACCGAUGCCAGAUUGGCCAUAGUGCAAGUGGGAGAUUGUUGGAGUUGUGCCCUGAUGGCCAACUGUUUAUCAUUAUUCUAUUAUGUAUAGGCAGAUAUAAUAUGUUUACACAUCUCAUGCUAAUGUAAACAAAUAUUAUAUUCCUAGAUUUAUUUUUAAAGAUGUUUAUCAGAUAGUGUUAUUCUGCUGAUGAGACUAACAUCUUGAAAAAAAUAUUUAUCUAAAUG